AUGGCUGUAAUGAUUCGGGGCCGCUACCUGAAGGGGCUGAGGGGCCUUAAAGGAAGGCGGAGGAAGGGAAGACUCAAUAGUGGCUCGAGCGGAGGAGACGCGGAAAGAUUGAGGGGAGGGGCUAAAGGAACCCGGGAGGAGGAGCAGGGAGGGACAAGGUGGGGCCUGGAGGGCAGAAAUCGAGAGGCUGGGGGCGGGGGAAGGAGACUGAAGGCAAGGGCCCCGGGGCGUGGGAAGGGAGUGGCCCUCUCGCUGCUGAGGGCGGGUCCAAAGCGGUGGAGUUGCAGUCCUGCGCUCGCCCGGGCCCGGCUGUGGCCGCUAAUCUCCAAGACGCCGGCCUGGGAAAUCUGCGAUUCGGAGCCCGAGAGCCCCGCGAGCUCCACCGCUGAGGGCCCCGGUGACCCAGAAGAGGCGAGAGCCGGCUCCAGAGCCCUCGUCCCUCUUCAGGGCCCUUGGCUACUCCGGUGCGAGUCCAGCCUCGGGAAGGGGCGGGGAGAAAGGCGCCGGAGGAGCCAGGUGCUGCACGAGCUGAGGCCCGGAGAAUAUCCGAGAACUAGAGAAGCAGAGACGGAAGGAGGCAUCCGAGGCCCUCCGGCUAACGCGGCCGAACAACUGCCUGAAAAGCUUGGCCGGUGGGCCGGCCCUCCGGAGCUGUCCACAGGCUCAGCAGGAGGCAUUCGGACCAAAUCAGAAGGAGCACUUCUGGAUGGAAUGGUGAGAAUUUGUUAUGUACCAGAAGUGGGACUGGUGGCUGGGAAACCUUGUCAUAGCUCUCCUAGAAGAUGCUGGCUCUGAUAUCUUAAUAGGGGCUUUGAGGUACCUAAAAUGUGAGUAUGUCAUUGAGCCCCAGCCAUGGGUCCGAAGUCUCAGCUAGAAGAGAUCAGUGCCAGCCAUCUGCUAGAGCAGUGCUCUUCCUAUACCUCAGAAUCCAAGGCAGGAAAUGCACUGUCUCCUCCCUCAGCAAUAGUGCUGUUUCUACCAUGUCCGUCACAGGUAGGUUCUAUCAGUACUGCCACGCAAUUCUGGAAUCCUUUUUUCUGACUUUCACCCUUCAAUUCUGAAAGAGGCUGGCUCAGAGAGCCUAGUGACAGCUCUGGAGUCAGUCCUCUGACAUCCUGGGGCUGUGGGCUUUGACAGACAGACAGACAGGCAGGCUGCUCCUGCUGCACUGUGGGUUGCAGAAGUCCUGAAACUAGAGGGGUUUCCCAGAGGCCUCAUCUCAAUGGCACAGGUGCUAGGGUGGGGAAGCUUCGGCCUCACGGCCUGUCCCUAUACACAUAUAUCUAAACCUAACCUGGGGAGAAGUCACCCUCAGAAUCACAGGUUAUUUAAUUUUUAUGGUCAGACUUAAAGUGAAGGGAUCCAGGGGUGGGGAACCUGUGGCCUUCUGAAUCCUUAAGUGCAGCCUUUUGACUGUAUCCAAAUUUUGCAGAACAAAUCCAGAUUUGGAUUCUGUCCAAAGACUGAGCCUAAGGAUUUAGAAAGCCACAUGUGGCCUUAAGGCUGCAGGUUCCCUACCCUUUGAUUUUCUGAUGUGUGUCUCUUCCAGCUAUAAACUAGUGGUUUUUAAUCUUUCAUCCUCCCCUACUCAGGAAUCGCCUUUUCACUGAACAGCUCCCACCAAAGCCAUCCAACUCAGACACCUAAUCCUCCUUGGAGGAAAACCAAAACAAAACUGGUGUCUCUUUUCUAUUAGAAAGAAGGCACAGGUGAGCCUGGAGAAAAGGUAAAGGGGAUGGGCCUGGGUUACAAUUUCAGCAGUAAAGGCAGCCUCUGGGGAGUGACCACCAAACUGGAAAGGGCCCUGAAUAGGGCUGGAGAACAAGGAUUGUUGACAGCAUACUCCAAGAGCUUGGAGGUGAAGGGGAAGAAGGUGGGUAGUUACGCUGUUUGGGUUGGA